UUUUUUGCAGGGGUGGGAGAAGGAAAUGUAGCAGGGCGAGGAAUCACCCUCGGGGUCACUCACAAGCUCUUCCCAGUUCUUUUCCCUAGCAAACAGUACCUGGGAUGGGGACACCCACCGAAGAUUCAUCGCUACGAGGCCCGCAUCAUGCCUCAUAUCGAAAACGAUGUGAAGCUGGACUUCAAGGAUGUCCUGUUGAGGCCCAAACGCAGCACCCUUAAGUCUCGAAGUGAGGUGGAUCUCACAAGAUCCUUUUCAUUUCGGAACUCAAAGCAUACCUACACUGGGGUUCCCAUUAUUGCCGCCAAUAUGGAUACUGUGGGCACCUUUGAGAUGGCCAAAGUUCUCUGUAAGUAUCUGGCUGCCAGCUCAGGCACAGGCUCUUCUGACUUCGAGCAUCUGGAACAGAUCCUGGAAGCUAUUCCCCAGGUGAACUAUAUAUGCCUGGAUGUGGCAAAUGGCUACUCUGAACACUUUGUUGAGUUUUUAAAGGAUGUGCGGAAACGCUUUCCCCAACACACCAUCAUGGCAGGGAACGUGGUAACAGGAGAGAUGGUGGAAGAACUCAUCCUCUCUGGUGCUGACAUCAUCAAAGUUGGAAUCGGGCCAGGCUCUGUGUGUACCACCCGGAAGAAAACUGGAGUGGGGUACCCACAACUCAGUGCAGUGAUGGAGUGUGCAGAUGCUGCCCAUGGCCUCAAAGGGCACAUCAUUUCAGAUGGAGGCUGCAGCUGUCCUGGAGAUGUGGCCAAGGCUUUUGGGGCAGGGGCUGACUUCGUGAUGUUGGGUGGAAUGCUGGCUGGGCAUAGUGAGUCAGGUGGUGAACUCAUUGAGAGAGAUGGCAAGAAGUACAAGCUCUUCUACGGAAUGAGUUCUGAAAUGGCCAUGAAGAAGUAUGCUGGAGGCGUGGCUGAGUACAGGGCCUCAGAGGGAAAGACAGUAGAAGUUCCCUUUAAAGGGGAUGUGGAACAUACUAUCCGAGACAUCCUUGGAGGGAUCCGCUCUACAUGUACCUAUGUGGGAGCGGCUAAGCUGAAGGAGUUGAGCCGGAGGACUACCUUCAUCCGAGUCACCCAGCAGGUGAAUCCAAUCUUCAGUGAUGAGCGCUAGACCUGAGCAGUUCUGCCCUCCCAAGGCACCAGCACUCUACCACGGGCCUCCCAAAUAGCUCCUCAUCCAUCCCAGCUACUGCAGCUAUGCAUUACUUUGUCGUUUCCUAUCAUCUCAAUUCUGAGGGCUCCUGCAGUAACGCCAUACUUUUCUAUCUGCAUAAACAAUGCCCAGGGCACAUACUGGGGAGGAAGCAAGGAAGAAGACAGUCAAGAAAAUGACGUAAGAUAAUCAAAUGGGAAUCUGGGGACGCAACAUCUGAAGAUUAUUAAAAGGAAAACAUACUGAUUGGUACUAGACGUUUAAUAUGGUCUUGGUCUGGAAGAGGCAGGCUUUUUUGAAUCAUGUUUUGUUAAUCAGCUUCACUAAAUGGGACUUCUGACUAUCUAAAAAGCUCAGAAGUGUUUACAUAUCUGAAAUACCUCAAUAAAGAGAGAUCUCAUUGACUAUAAA